GUAAAGAUGGCGACCUCUGGAGCAGGAGAGGGGUGCUCCAGCCUGAACGGGAUCGUUUCCGAGACAGAACACAAAACAUUUACAGACCUACCAGCCGAAUUACUUGAGUACAUCUUAUGCUUUCCUGUACUCAAACAUGUCGACAUUUGCAACGUUUCCUGUAGCUGCAAGCGGCUACACGACGUUUGCCACGGCAGGGGGAAGGUCUGGGGACACCAGUACAAACUCAGAUGGCCAAGAUUACAGAAGCAUUACCGCCUGAACGAGUGUUAUGAUUGGCUGAAAGAAUACAGAACGCGGCACACUGUUGGUCUACAAAUACGACGAACAGUUGUAUCCAUCUCCCAGAGAUUCUUCACGGAAGUUCCUUGCGUUGGCCAGGUGCUGGGGGACAGCUUUGCUGAGAUCGAGUCCCUCGGCGCCCCAGAGCACUUCUGUGAAGACGAGCUGCUUUCCAUACUCAACUCAGACAGGAGGAAAAGCCUGACACUGAAGUACUAUGCAAAGAAAAUCCUUUAUUUCCUGCGCCAGCAGAACAUCCUGAGGAGUUUAAAGGUGUUUCUGGAGCAGCCUGCAGAGCAGCAGUCAGCACUAGAGGGAGCUGUGCUGGUGGACCAGUAUUGUAACCCCCUGGCGGAUGUGUCGUUGGACGGUAUAUCCUCCCAGCUGGAGGAGAUCACUGACAAGAUCAAGAAGAUGCUGCGGAUAAAGAACCCCUCUCAUCCAAGCCUGAGGGUCACACAAGGUGACUGUUUUGCUGUAGAGGACUUUGAUCUCCAGAGACAGGUGGUCGUUGCCCUCAACGCUGUUUUAUACGAGCAGCUUCAGUACAAGGGCAACGAGUGUGACUACUACAACCCUCUCAACUCCUACAUACAGCAGGUGCUGCUCCGCCGGACAGGCAUUCCCAUCAGCCUCUCUGUCCUCUACAUGACGCUGGCCAGGAAACUGGGGGUUCAACUGGAGCCUGUUAACUUCCCCAAUCACUUCCUGCUUCGCUGGUGCCAGCAACAAAGAGGGAAUGGGGACAUCUAUGAUUUUGUGUACAUUGACGCCUUCGGUAAAGGCAAGCAGCUGACGGCUAAGGAGUGUGAGUACCUCAUCGGUCACCAGGUGACUGCAGACUACUACAAUGCCAUCAGUACAACAGAAGUGCUGCUAAGGAUGGUGGGGAAUCUGCUCAACAUCGGCAAACGAGGGAUCUCAUCCUUGAGGGAGGGCAAUGAGAAAUCCUACCAGCUGCUGAGAGACUCUCUGGAUCUCUACCUCACCAUCAACCCAGACAACGUCCAAUACCUUCUACUACAGGCCAGACUCUACUUCCACCUGGGCAUCUGGCCUGAGAAGGUCCUCGACAUCCUGCAGCACAUCCAGGCGUUAGACCCGUCCCAACACGGGGCAGUGGGUUAUCUGGUGCAGCACACCUUGGAGCACAUCCAGCACAAGAAACACCCUGUAGAGCCAGAGGUGAAGAGACGCAGCACCCCCGAACACCUAGAGCUGCAAUACAGUGUAGGCCUCAUCAUGAAACACAAGAGGUCUGGCUAUAACUGUGCGAUCUAUGGCUGGGACCCCAAGUGCACCAUGAGCCAGGAGUGGAUCACCACCAUGAGGGUCCACCAGCUGUCCAGCGGGGCUAACCAGCCCUUCUACAACGUCUUAGUGGAGGACGGCACCUGCCGAUACGCUGCCCAGGAAAAUCUGGAGCCUCAUUCCGCCCCUCUGGAGAUCGCUCACCCGGAGGUGGGACGCUACUUCUCAGAGUUCCAUGACAGCCACUAUGUUGCCAACGAGGAGCUGCAGACACGCUACCCAGAGGACAUGUCAGAGACCCUGGGCACCGUACAGGACCUCUACCACAGACUGAUGCCCAGCUCAGGGCAUGCCUCAGGGCAACAGGAGAGCCCCAACGGCCCCUCCCAGGACCAGAAGAGCCAGGACAGCCAGGAGAACCAGGACGCCAUGUCCAUAUAGCUAAGCCUCCACUACUCCUCGGCCCCAUCCAAAACAACCCCUAGUUCCUACCACCUAGGCAGGCACAGGUAGAUCUGAAAGGAUUGGAUGUGUAUAAACAAUAUGGCAGAAUUACAACUAGCCUAUCACAGGGCAGGGUAGAGCUACCACUAGCCUAUCACAGGGCAGGGUAGAGCUACCACUAGCCUAUCACAGGGCAGGGUAGAGCUACCACUAGCCUAGCAUAGGGCAGAUUGUAGCUACUAGUAGCCUAACCUAACGUAGCAGGCGUAGAAAGAUGCCUGAGCGGAGUCCCCACUUCCGUUUUUCAGGGGAAAUGGAAGUUAGGUUGAAAAUACUGUUUCCCUGAAAACUUUCUGCAAAUGCCGCUAAGGGUGCUACUAGCCUAUCGUGUGGCAGGGUGGAGCUACUACUAGCCUAUCAUAGGGCAGGGUGGAGCUACUACUAGGGUCUAGGGGUUGUUUCUGGACAGGGCCCUCCUCUCUUCCCCCUCCAGUUCCAUUACUUGACACAACAUCCCGUCCCCAAAACCAUCAGGGCCGUCCGUAUUCACAGUCUGAGUAGGAAGUGCUGAUCUACGAUCAGGUCCUCCCCCUGUCCAUAUUAUCUUAUUCACUAUGAUCUUAAGGGCAAAACUCAUCCUAGAUCAGCACUCCUACUCUGAGAAGCUUUAUUUUGAAUACUGGCCCAGGAAUGCUUCAGUACCUGGAUCAUGUGCUGUACCACCACCUGCCAACCAACACCAGUCCAAGCCAAAGCCCCUUUUCUCUCUCUAACUUCAUGAAGACUUCCUGAGCUCGACACCCUUACUCUCUCUCUCGCUCUCUCUCCACCUCAAUCUACUUUCUCCACCAUCAGUCCAGAAGAGGUCUUCCCAGACUUGACUCCCUAGGCCCUCUAUCCCUCUCCACUUCCACAUGAAACAAUAUGAAAAUGAACUUUACAGUAUGAAACAAUAUGAAAAUGAACUUUACAGUAUGAAAAUGAACUUUACAGUAUGAAACAAUAUGAAAAUGAACUUUACAGUAUGAAACAAUAUGAAAAUGAACUUUACAGUAUGAAACAAUAUGAAAAUGAACUUUACAGUAUGAAACAAUAUGAAAAUGAACUUUACAGUAUGAAACAAUAUGAAAAUGAAUGUUACAGUAUCUCCUCCCUCUGUCAUUACAUUAUAAUAAUGAUUCAUGCACUUAUGAAAGGAUGGCUUUCACAUUUCUAGAACGUGUUAUAUUUUUUUCUGUAUAUUUACAAGUAAAACAUUGCAGGAAUACAAUGACUUGAAACAGGAAUGGGUUGUGAGACUUGAGGAAAAUGAAUAAAAUAAAAAAAAUUCAAUGUG